GCCUUGCGUGGAGAGAGGGGGGACGCCGGUGUCGGCUCGGUGCGGCCAUGCAGGCCGCCAUGCAGGCCGCACUUACGGUCGCCCGGCAGCGGCUGCGCGGUGCGGCCUGCGGCGCAGGCCUAGGCCGCGGCCUGCACGCAGGAGUGUGGAGGCUGCAGGAGUUGGCGGAGAAAGGGGCCGAGAAAGGGGCGGAGAGUUUGAGCGGCACCGACCUGAGCCCCUUGAUCCUGCAGAGGAACUCCAUGAGGUGGGAUGGAAAGACCUAUGAAGAGAUCCCGAUAGCUCACAUCAAAGCCACGUACAACAAUACCCACAUCCAAGUGGUCAGCUUUGACAACAGGCCGUUUGCUCACACAUCCUGUGGCACUGAAGGCUUCCAGAAUGCCAAGAAGGGAACUGCCAUUGCAGCACAGACAGCCGGCAUAGCAGCAGCAGUGAAAGCACGUGGAAAGGGUGUGCUGCAUGUACGAGUCAUGGUGAAAGGACUGGGGCCAGGACGCAAAGCUGCCAUCAAGGGGCUGACUAUGGGAGGUUUGGAGGUCAUCUCCAUCACCGACAACACCCCAGUUCCACACAACGGUUGCCGCCCACGGAAAGCCAGGAGGAUGUGAGAAGGGAAUGGAAGAGACACUGCAUUCAAUAUUAGCUCAUAUAACAGGGACCGGGUUGCAUCACAUCCUCCCUGGAAUUUUUUGAGGAGAGAAGGUUUAAGAAGACCAUCCUUGGCCUUAGAAGCCCAAGCAGUAGAAGAAGCUGGUGGUAAAAGCCGGAAUACAUGUAAUCCCUUAGUGGGAAGCCUCUUGUGUGUAAAGUUUGUUGAUUAAAAUGUUGGUCUUUUGACAGUCCA